ACUAAUCAAGGCCAGUGUCUUGUGGCAAAUUUUGCCAAACAAGAACCAAUCCAAACGCCCCCGAAGUUCUGGAACUCGACCGCGGAGAAACCUCGCUCGCUCCUCACAGCAGCCGUCCUGUCGAGCUCGGCGCUCGGAGCUCGGAGCUCGGUGCCCCUCCCUCCCCAUCCGCGGUUUUCACAUGUCAGGCCACCAUCAGCACCACCAUCGCCUGCACGCUUCCCCGUCUCCCGGCCUCCUGCACCACAUCUCCCUCCCCAUCCGCAGUCUUCACCGUACGCGGCCUCCCACGGCCUCAUUCCGUACGCACCUGCCCCGGCCGCCGCAGUCUCUCCCUUCCCCUUUUCCAAAGAAACGCUCCGACCACGAAGCCGCGGCUGAUUUCGGGGAGCUGGGCGGCGCGGUGGCAGAUGAUACGACAGAGGCGGCGGCGGAGCAACUGGAGUACGGGGACGGGGUGUACACGCCGAGCGUGGGCGCCGCUGGCCUCCCGGCGCUUCUUCGCGCGGGCCGCGCAGGACCGGCUGGCGACCCGGUGUUCUUCCUCCUGACCGCCGUAGCCGUCACGACGUCAGUAGCGUUCUCGAGCAUGGUGGCCGUCGCGAUUCCGACGAUGCUAACAAAUGUAUAUACAUCGGGCUGUGAGAUUCUAUCAACUCCAAACCAACUUCUCGGUGAAAAACCUCAUGAAGCUAGUCCACAAGUGGCUAUGAGGAGAGCUGCAAAUUCAUUUACCAUGCUGGCAGAUGCAGCUCUUGAGGAAUUACCGAGUACAAUGGCUGCUAUAAGGCUUUCUGGCAUGGAAGUCACUGAUCUUACCCUUGGACUUAGUGACUUGAGUCAUGAGAUAGCAGAUGGUGUCAAUAAGUCAGCAAAGGUUGCGCAAGCAGUGGAAGCUGGCAUGGGACAAAUGCAGGACAUAGCAAUGUCAAUGAUUAAAGAGCGAGCAAGCUUGCAGACUAUUCCCACUGCCGGACCAGAUAAUAGGUCCCAUAAAUCUUCUGGACAGCAGGGGCGACGAGAAAGAGGUGCAAAUACUUGAAAGUGAAGUAUUCAAUUUCCUUCAAGAGAUGCAUCUUCUUCUUUUUUAUGUUUUUUCCUUGCUCUGGAGUAUGUACAAAAUGUCAGAUAGUAAGUCUAAAUCUUUCUUCGAGGCCAUGUAUGUUUCUCAAACAUUUUCAGCUUGAUCUGACUAAUGUAAGUUGAGCAAUGUCUACCACGCAUUCUAUUUGUUUCUGGUGCCCA